CUUUCUCAAAACCACCAUUGUCCAGAGACCACCAAGGAAAUCCACACUCUGAAAAGCGCAGGCACAUCAAUCGCCUCGCUUUCGCGAACACCACAUACCUAGAAACCGAGUCUCCCGACUUACCAUACUCGAAUCAAUUCCGACUCGAGAAACCACCACCAUGUCCGACGUGACCAAGACUCCCUUUGUACGGGAUCUCGCCUCGAGCGACAAGAAAAUCCGCGACAAAGCCACCGACUCCCUCACACUCUUCCUCCGCAGCAAAACCGACCUCUCCCUCAUCGACCUCCUCAAACUGUGGAAGGGUCUAUUCUUCUGCUUCUACCACUCCGACCGUCCCCUAACGCAACAAGCCCUCGCCCGCACUCUCAGCUACAGCCUCGUCCCAACCCUCCCCCGGAGCACCUUGCACCGCUUCCUCCGCGCGUUCUGGAUAACCAUCGGCCGGGACUUCCACUCGCUCGACCGUCUCCGUCUAGACAAGUACCUAUUCCUGAUCCGUUGCUACGUGGGCGUUGCAUUCGAGGUGCUUCUCAAGCCCCAAUCCACCACCACCACAUCCACAAACGGCGGCAAGCGCAAAAGAGAAGAAGAGCCUACAUCCUCGAAGCGGAACAAGAAGAACAACAAGAAUAAGAAACAACAACAACAACAACAAACCCAACAACAAUCCGAAGAGUCAACGACAUCAACCGAACCCCAAGACUGGACAGCCCUUGAAUCCUACAUCAACAUCAUCGAAGAAGGACCCCUGUGCCCAUUGAACUUCGACCCGGAUCAACCGCCCAUGAACGAGAAGGAGGAUUACGUGCCGAUGCCGCAUGGACCGGACGGAUUGCGGUACCAUGUGAUGGAUAUCUGGAUUGAUGAGUUGGAGAAGGUGUUGGAGUUUGAGGAGAUUGAAGGGGCGGAGGAAGGGCAACAGACGAAGAAGAUCAAGGGCGGAGUGCCCAUGGAGCUUUUGUUGAGGCCGAUUGAGAAGUUGAAGAAGGAGAGUGGGUAUAAGCCUGUGCGGACUCGGGCUGCGGAGACGUUGGAUGAUGAGCGGUUGUUUGAGUGGGGGGUUAAGGAGAGGAAGGUGGUGGAGGAGAGUAGUGAUGAGGAGUGGGAUGGUUUUGAUUGAGGUGUUUCAUAUCUAUGUGUAUAAAUCCUAAUGGCUCUUCUCUUUUUUUCUCUGUUUGAUCAAAAGUGUAUAGAAUUGUGAAUUGGACGGCAGCGUGCGCAAUGCUUGUAUUGAUUAGCCUCCCGGGCUGGUCUGAGUCGGGUUAGGACUAUUACAUAUUCAUGUGAAUGAAACAAUGUAUAUUUAUAUGACUCUAUGGGCUAUGCAACCAUCUUGGUUGCACUGCUGUCUAGUAUACAGAAAGCAUGACCUAAUUG